AUGUCUAGCGAUCGCGAACUCAAGUUCUUCAUGGCCCGCGUUGCCGACCAGGCCGAGCGCCAUCAGGACGUCAUCACAUACAUCAAGGAAAUUAUCGAUCUCGAUGCUAAGCUUUCCUUAGAUGAACGCAAUUUGUUAUCAGUCGCCUACAAGGCCCUCACAGGCAACCGCCGUACAGCUCUUCGCAGCGUCAAUGCAUUCCUUGAAGAUCCAUCAAUCCAGGGUGCCAAGGAGCGCGAGAACCGCCUUAUCGAACUUCGCAAUUCACUUGUCAAAGAGCUUGACAACUACUGCAACGAAAUCGUUAAUCUUGUCGAUGAGAAGCUUCUUCCAGCUGCCGAUGAUGCUAUUUCCAAGGUUUUCUACUGGAAGCUCAAGGCCGAUUACUUCCGCUACUCUGUUGAGUUCAAAGAUGAGGCUGCUCGUGCUCAGGGCUCUGAGGCCGCUAAGAAGGCAUACGAAGAGGCUAUGAAUCUCGCUAAGGACCUCUCCAAGGCUAACCCACAGUAUCUCGGCCUUGCUCUUAACUACUCAGUCUUCCUUUACGAAAUCAUUGGACAGAAGAACGAAGCUAUCGAGCUCGCUGACAAGUCAUUCAAGGAAGCUGUCGGCCUUAUUGACAAGCUUGAGGAAGAUGAGUACUCCGAGGCUACACUUAUCCUUCAGCUCCUCAAGGACAACGUCCAACUCUGGACAGAUGACCAGAAUGCCGAGUAA